AUGGAGGAUGAGGAGGAGGAGGAGUCAAGUGGCAGGCUUCUGCUUCCAGUUUCAAUUCAAAACUCUCCUCCUUUCGAGUGGUCAACUCUCGUCGCUGUUGGUCCUUACAUCUACGCCAUCAGCGGAUCCAUUGAGGAAGCUCCUUUCUCUAAAUUCCCAUUUCCUGACGUUCGAACUCGCACUUGGCUCGAAGCUCCAAGAUUGCGUGUUGCCCACGACACCAACAUCGAGUAUCAUGGUAAGAUGUAUCUACCCGGAAAGGGCGAGAAUCCAGAGUCUUUAAACGGUAUUGAAGUGUUCGACACAAAGACACAGACUUGGAAGCCCAUGCCGCCAAAUACAAAUGAAAGGGAUUGA